AGUCAACUUGGGCUCUUUGCUGGGAUAUUAAUAAAGCAUAAAAUAUAUUAAAAUGUUAAUUAAAGUGAUAUCAUUGCUUUUCUUAGUGCAGUGUGCAUUUUCGGAAGAUUCCCUUAUCAAGCCAUGUCCAGUAGAAGACAUUCAAUGCCUCAGUGAGACCACCGAGAAGUUUCUAGAUCGCGUAGCUUCGGGUAUUCCCGAUUUGGACAUUAAGGCAAUUGAUCCUAUUAUUAUAGAUAUGGUCUGUUCGAAAGGAAUGGCUGAUCUUAUGGUACAUUUCAAGAAUGCUAACGUUACCGGUCUCAGGAAACAGAAAAUAUCGGAUUUCAAGAUGGAUACAGCUGCCAAGUCUGUGGUACUGUCCGUCAAUGUAGACGUAAAUAUUGCUUCCAAUGUCGAAUUAGAAUUCGAGAAAACAAAGAAAAUAUAUUCUGGAACAUACUCCGCUACCGGAAAGGCGGCAUUAACAGCAGUCUACAAUUACGAAGUAAAGGCUAAUGACAAGGGUGUGGAACAUUUCGAAGUCGGACCAGAGACCAUUACCUGUGAUAUUAAAGAUUUGGAUGCUGUAGCCAGCGAAGAAAUUACGAACGGGAUUGUAAACGAUCGACACGCGAAGAAAAUCUACGAUGAAAAUCGUGCAGAUGUUGAGAAUAUAAAAAAAAGAAACGCCUGCGAUAUACUGAAGACAGCUUUUGCUGUGGUUAUACACAAUCUCAGGACCAUCGCCAAGCUGUAUCCAAAAACUGCUUUCUUUACCAAUGUUUAAAUUAAAGUGUCCCCUGAAAUGAAACAAAUAGCAACUCAGAAUUUUAGCAACUUUGCUCUAACACAAACGUUUUCAAUCAAAUUAUUAAACUCAGCUUUUAUAACGAAACUGUAUUUUAUAGAAACAAACCUUUUAUAUUUUUUCAAAGUUGGUGAAAAUGGAUAUUUGUCUAUGUUUGUUGUGACAAUAACUUAAACUACAUCCUCUAAGGACAAUAAUGAUGACAAAAGUCUCGAUCUAUGAUGUUUGAAAUUAAAAAAUAUACUGGAAAUGAUAAAAUUAGAAUUUCUUAUUCAUUCUUAUCAGUGCAAUCUGAGUUUAUUCAAUAUGACAAUUUCAAUUGUAAUUUGCUUGAAUAAAGAUUAUUUGACUAAGCCUUUGAUAUUACAAUUUAGCACAAAAAAUUUCAAUAACGAUUUUGAAACAUUUUAUUUCUGUUUUGAAGGUUUUUACAGAACAUCCUAAUGGCAUGUUCAGGUGUGCAUGCUCGUCGACCUCAUCGGUACUUUUCAUCAGGUGAGGUGGAGGUCAAAUGCGAUUAUUAUAAUUUAAAAACUUGCAUUUGAAAAAUACUAUUUAAAGUGCCUUUUAAAAACGUUAAAUAACCAAACUUAUACUAGGGAUGCUAAUGUAUGAACUGUAGGAACUGUACCUUUUUUUUUAUUGGAUAGGACAUUGACCCCAAUGUGACUUUACCUACUUUAAUUUGUAUUAUUAUUCCUGUGUCAUUUACUUACAGUAAAUGUUGAAGAAGUUUAUUUAGGACUAAAAGCACUUGGCUUACCCAAAAUGUAUGUACCUAUUUAGAUAGGCACAUACAUUUGGGCAAACAUUUUACAAAUAUGAAAAAAUUGUAUUUAGUGUAUUUUUUCAUUAAGUAAGAGUUCUGCAAACGGGCUAUCCUGAUUUAUCUUUUUGGUUUCUACAUAAGUUCCAUAUUCUGUCAAUAGAUGGUGUUUGAGAAAAUAGCACAAUUGCUGCAUGGGAAUUAAGUCAAUGUUGUGCAUAUCAUGAUUUAUUUACAUUACUUUCAAUGUAAAUAAAAUGACUGGCUGUUCGUUUUGCUGUAUUCUGAUUAAUGUGCGCAAGACUAGAUGCGUUUCUCAGUCACUUGACAAUACUUCACAGGAUUAUGAAAACAACACACUUCACGUCUAUUGUUCCAUCCUCCACCUCUGUAAAUUAAAACUACAUAAUAAUAAUAAUAACGCGCAUACUCAACAUAGCCCCGUACUAGGGAAACCCUGUGUCGGGGGUGCGAUGGACACACAUAAACUACCACAAAUUACAUCCAAAGAAAAUGUAGGCCAUAUAAAUAUUUUUCCCGCCCCGGAAAUCGAAACUGGUACCUCGCGUGGCAGUCCGACACGGCAGCUACUUUGUAUUUAGAAAAAUAUACUCCAACAACUCUAAAUAAAUAUUUUACUGUAGCUGUUACGCUAAAAAAAGGUCUGUUGAUUUUUAUCAAAAACUUAUUUUGACUUUUUGUAAAGCAGAUGCCGCAUUUGCUUAUAAAUGCAGGGUGUUAGGUCAAUGAGAGCAAACAUUUAGACAGGUAAAGAUAGAAACAGAAGAAUAUUUACUUGGUUUCAUUCCUUUACAACUAAUAUAAAGUUUAGCAACUCCAAUGAACACUAUGCCAACUUUGUUUUUUGGUCAUUUUCUGUUUUUGUAAACAGCCAUAUUUAUUUCCUAAUGUUAUGCUCGUCGAAUUUUGUGAAUAAAAAAUAAAGAAACAAAUAACCUUUUUUUAACUCAAGAAAUGUACUUUUGCAGAAUCGAUGAAAAACGAAUUACUCACUUCCCGUGAAAGAUUAUUAAAAUUUAUGCAUAGGUUACAGUUUAUUACAGACAUCUAAAUUUCCUACUUGCCAAAUAUAUUCAAAAAUAAUGGGAAAAAGGUUUGUCUCAUUUUGAGUUAAAUAGAUAUAUUUUAAUUGUUACUAACAAUAUUCUACCGACGAUUGUAUUGAUGUGCAGAGAUUGAAAUUUUACGUUCAGAUAUAGUAUAAUCUAGAAUUUCACAUAUUUUGAGUUACGACUCUAUUGUAAUAGCAGUGCGAUAUUAACAGUAAACACUUUUUGUGGUGACUAUACCUAUCUUAUUAAUCGAAUGUUAUUACAGUGUUUCACACCCACACAAUUUUUUUUUAC